GUCUGUUGUUCGUUCUCCACUUCACUUCGAUUAUACUUUGCUUCCUCUCCGUACCAAGUAUACAAAUGGCGCUGCCUCCCUUUCACUUCGCACACUUGGAUUCUCUGUUAUGACUCUUUUUCCUCUUUAACCUAAUUUUCUACUGUUCUUCAUAUUACUAUUCUUCUCUCGACUUUCCAUUUCUCUUCCUCCAAACAAACAAUUUUAUACUUAAGUUGAUGGAAGAAUGAAGCGCGCUUUCGACGAAAUCUCCGACGACGAGUGGGAGAACCACUCUUUCAAGCCGUCGCGCGUCCUUAAAACGUCAACGUCUAAUAGACAUAGGCAUAAAUCCGCUCAACCGCCUCCUCCUAUAGAAUCAUUCGUUUUUAAAAAGCCUGUAGAUACUCUCAAUUCCGACAGCAGCAGUAGCAGCAGUGGUGAUUGCCGAGAAAUUACUCCGCCUUUCAAUUUGGAGGAAGAAGAUGGGAAUUUGGAAGAUGAUGACGUUGUAAAGGAUGAUUGUGAGGAGGUGGCGAGGCCGGCUCCGGCGAAUCGUGGCCGUCGAUUUGUAGUUGAUGAUGAUGAUGAGGAGGAGGAGGAGGAUGAGGAGGAUGAGGAGAGGAAGGAGGUCGAGAGUGAAAGGGAUUUUGCCGAGGUGUAUGAUAUAGAGUCGAGCGGCGACGACGACUACGACGGCGAGGAGGAGGAGGAGGACUUGAAGUUGGAAGAGGAUGAUGUGGUGGGAAAGGCUUUGCAAAAGUGCGCUAAAAUAUCGGCGGAGCUGAAAAGAGAGCUGUAUGGCUCUGGAGUCACCUCGUGUGAGCGGUACGCCGAGGUGGAAGCUUCUUCAGUGAGGAUUGUGACUCAGAGUGAUAUUUCUGCAGCAUGUGCUGUGGUGGAUUCAGAUUUUCAGCCUGUACUCAAGCCAUAUCAGCUGGUUGGUGUGAACUUUCUUCUUCUGCUGUAUCGAAAGGGCAUUGGAGGAGCUAUAUUGGCAGAUGAAAUGGGCCUUGGGAAGACUAUUCAGGCAGUUACAUAUUUAAUGUUGUUGAAACACUUGAACAAUGACCCUGGUCCACAUUUAAUUGUAUGUCCUGCCUCUUUAUUGGAAAAUUGGGAAAGAGAACUUAAAAAGUGGUGUCCAUCAUUUUCUGUACUCCAGUAUCAUGGGGCUACUCGAGCUGCCUACUCAAAAGAGUUGAGCUCUUUGUCCAAAGCCGGGUUGCCACCUCCAUUUAAUGUGCUUCUUGUUUGUUACUCGCUCUUUGAAAGGCACAGUGUCCAGCAGAAGGAUGACCGUAAAAUUCUAAAACGGUGGCAAUGGAGCUGUGUUCUCAUGGAUGAGGCACAUGCUUUGAAGGAUAAGAACAGCUAUAGGUGGAAAAACCUGAUGUCAGUUGCAAGAAAUGCAAACCAGCGUUUGAUGCUAACAGGGACACCCCUACAGAAUGAUUUGCAUGAGUUGUGGUCCUUGUUGGAGUUUAUGAUGCCUGAUCUUUUUGCGACUGAGGAUGUAGAUGUAGAUUUGAAAAAGCUACUAAAUGCAGAAGAUAGAGAUUUAAUUGGUCGUAUGAAGUCUAUCUUGGGACCAUUCAUCUUGAGGCGUUUAAAAUCUGAUGUAAUGCAACAACUUGUUCCAAAGAGACAGCGGGUUGAAUAUGUUUUCAUGGAAAAGCAUCAAGAAGAUGCUUAUAAAGAAGCUAUAGAGGAAUAUCGUGCAGCUUCACGUGCUCGUAUUGCAAAGCUUUCAGAUGUUGACUUGAAUGCUACUUUUCGAAUUCUUCCUCAACGGCAGAUAUCAAAUUACUUUGUUCAGUUUCGCAAGAUAGCAAACCAUCCAUUACUAGUGAGGAGAAUUUAUACUGAUGAUGAUGUUGUUCGUUUUGCCAAGAAGUUGCAUCCAAUUGGUGCUUUUGGCUUUGAGUGUACGUUGGACAGAGUUAUUGAAGAACUAAAGACCUACAAUGACUUUUCCAUUCACCGGCUUUUGUAUCAAUAUGGUGUUAAAGAUGCUAAGGGAAUCCUUUCAGAUAAGCAUGUCAUGCUUUCAGCAAAAUGUCGAGCUCUAGGUGAACUUCUUCCUGCACUGAGAAAAGAUGGACACAGGGUUCUGAUUUUUAGCCAGUGGACCUCAAUGUUAGACAUCUUAGAAUGGACAUUGGAUGUAAUUGGAUUAAAAUAUAGAAGACUUGAUGGGAGUACACAGGUGACAGACAGACAAACCAUAGUUGAUGAUUUCAACAAUGACACUUCUAUAUUUGCGUGCUUGCUGUCCACUAGAGCUGGAGGACAGGGUUUGAACUUGACUGGAGCUGAUACUGUUGUUAUCCAUGAUAUGGAUUUCAACCCACAGAUUGAUCGGCAGGCAGAAGAUCGAUGUCAUCGGAUUGGCCAAACAAAACCUGUCACAAUAUACAGGUUAGUGACUAAAGGUACAGUUGAUGAGAAUGUUUAUGAGAUAGCAAAACGAAAGCUUAUUUUGGAUGCUGCUGUUCUUGAGACGGGGGUGGAGGUGGAUAAUGAGGGCGACACAUCUGAAAAGACAAUGGGACAGAUACUAUCAUCACUUUUGAUGGGCUAAGAACGUCAACUCUAUCUGAUAGCAACUCAUCAAAGCCUCUUUCUCCCUUUUAAUUUGUCCUUCCCUUUAUUUUUGUAAUAUCCUUUGUUGUAUUAGUUAGAUCAUAGGUGUAUUCUAGGGAAAGGGAAAAGGCGAGGGGAGGGAACAAAGAGACGAGAAGCGAAGAAAGAAAGAAAAUCAUUUAUGAUUGAUAGUGCUUUCCCACAAAGGUGUAAUAGCCCUUCAAUUCAUAGCGGUGAAAGUGAUAUAUCAAUAAUACUUGAUUUCAUUGAAGAUAACCGCCUUGUUUAUUUAUAUUAUGGAAAAUAAUAUUUUUAUUUUUAAGAAAA